GACAACUACAUGUGGAACUUGGUAGAUUGUGAGAAGAUAUUUAUUCCUGUUCAUGUUGAGAAAAAUUCAUGUGGACAUUAUUAUCUAUAUAUUAUUCAUACGAAGAAUCAGGAAGUUGAAAUAUGGGAUUCUCUAUGUGAUCAAUUUAUGGAUGAAACUGAACGCAACCAAACAACAGAGAACCUGCUUCUUGCCGUGGAUAAUCUCUUCGGAAAUGUUAUGUUCACGAAAUUUGGUAGGAGAAUGGCGAGCAAUAUCUUAUUACAGCCUAAUGGAUAUGAUUGUGGUAUAUUUGUUAUUAAUUAUAUGCAACAAUCAGAUCAUUAUGUGACGCAAAAUACCUUAUUUCAGUUUGACAGUGAUAAAGAGAGGUUAGAUUUGGCUUUAAAGUUACUCAAGAGUAACCUGAAUAAUGAAAAAGAAAGCCUAUAUGAUGAAGCAGCAAGAAGUUAUGCAAAAGCCCAUAGUGAAGAAGAUUUAGAUUUAUGUGGAACUAAAAGAAAGGGGGUCGAAGAUGUUGGAAGAAGAGGGACAUACAUGGAAUUGGAUGAUUCUGAUAAUACAGUGAAGAGAAAAAAUGUUCGUUUGAAAACAGGUAUAUGCUUCAACUUAAACUAUAUAUACCCUUUUUGAGAAGUGAUUUGUAAAAAAAUAUUUAUACAUUCUUUAUAAUUUCUCCUGAAGUAAGUAACCGCUAUCAUCAAAUCAUGCUAGAUGAUUAUUCCUUUGUUUUAAAGACAUGGUAAAGGAUAUCUAAAUGCAAUAUAUUGAAUUUAUUUCUAUUUUGUUCUUCUUACUUCCUGCAUUUGAAAUCUAUAAUUCCUUUUGUGAACUCAUGUUAAUAGAUUAUUCUUAUUCUCAUUG